AUGCAAAAGGCAUACGGGAAAGCUGGUGGCGAUGAUGUAUACACUAGGUUAACAGGUCUAUGGGCUAUGUACGAGACCGUGGAUAUGCUUGCAAAGUCCAAAAACGAUUAUGAACAAUCAAGAAUGCCAGAAACACCAUAUAAUGCCAGCAAAGUCGCUCUGCUCAUUGAGGAUCGCGUUAUGCCGAGUCUUGCGCCCCUCUUACUACAUUUCAUCUAUGUCCUACCCCCAGAUUGGCGAUUCAUGUUUAUGGGUUCGAUUGACUCAGUUGCACAUAUCAAUAAGUCUGCCGCAAUUCGUGAACAUGUUACCAACGGCAAGCUCGACUUGAAAUAUAUCCCGUCAAAUAUGAGUACUGCCAGUCAAGAAAUGAUUAGUCGAUUCCUGACUAGUCUCUGGUUAUACGAAACUGUACUGCGGCCAGCCGAAUGGGUUUUGGUAUUCCAGACCGACAGUAUCAUUUGCGCCAAUAGUCGUCGAAGUAUCGACGACUAUCUUGAAUUUGACUGGAUCGGUGCACCAUGGAACGUCAGUCAUCAUUAUGGAGGCAAUGGUGGACUAUCUCUGCGUCGUGUCAGCAGUAUCAUUGAGGUUUUACGUACCCAAACUAGGGUGGACGGAUCUGAACCCGAAGAUGUGUGGUUUUCAAAAAGACUUGCUCAUCGACACGGCGCAAAAAUGGCCAACUUUACAACGUCGUUGAGUUUUGCUGGGGAGACUUACGCUGGUGUGACUGCGGAUCCAAGUUCAGUACAUGGCAACUUUCUUGACGGCGCUGAAGACUCACAUUCGGCUUUUUACGAGCCAAUGGGUUACCAUAUUGGAGGCAGCGGAACGACUUUUGGCAGCGAUAUCUGGGGUACGCCAGAGCUGAGGAAUCAUAUCUGGAAUUACUGUCCGGAGAUUAAAAUGAUACUGGCUAUGGAUGCUGCAAAGUUUAUACCAGAUGAUUGCUAUAUAGUCUGGUGA